CAGGGCUGCACGACACAUGCGAAACGGCGCCCUGUAACACACAUCGGCUUGCUAAAGAAAAAGCAGCUUGGCAUUUUAUGAAAACUCCACAUGGGGCUCAGUGAAGACGCUGAAGGGGGAUCCGCAUUAUCUUAAUCCAAUUUUCGGGAUGGGUGCAUCGUGUUUUUGUAGCUGAGAGUAACGAUGAAAAGCGCAAUUGAAAGACCGCAUGUAGGCAGAUCCUCAGCUGUCCUGCCCCUCGUCCGACGGCAGCACGUCCGAAGCACACACGUUCCUUGCAGCAGUCGGUUCACAUCGCUGCAGCCCGUAUCGCAUCGGGAUGUGGGCUUUCCUUACUCAAAUGACUUUGUACUAGAAGAUGGCAGAGUUGUGGACGCUGCGACCGUUGUUCGGCUCCUAAGCCCCUUUGCCCUGGAGGAACGUGUACAGCGGAUCGACAAUGUCAUUGCAAACCGCACGUUCUCCGUCUUGCCCAUUGUCGAAGGGCUGUACGAUAUGGGCAACCUAGCAGCCGUGUGCCGUACUGCAGAUGCGCUGGGCUACGGUGCGGUGCACUGCAUCAACAAGAGAGACAGCAAAUACAAGGCGUCGCAGCGUACUGCGGCGGGCGCAGACAAGUGGCUGGACAUCAAGCUGUGGGACAGCACCUCCGACUGCCUGGCCGCCGUCAAGGCCGCCGGCUACCAGGUCAUCACCACGCACCUCUCCGCCAGCUCCGUCACCAUCCAGCAGGUGGACUGGACCCGCCCCACCGCCUUCGUGCUGGGCAACGAGAAGCACGGCGUGAGCGCGGAGGCGGUGGCGGCCGCGGACGCCUGCGCGGUGAUCCCCAUGGCGGGCAUGGUGGAGUCCUUCAACAUCAGCGUGGCGGCGGCGCUGGUGAUGUACGAGGCGCAGCGGCAGCGGCUGGAGCGGCGGGGCGCGCAUGCGGACCUGUCGGAGGAGCAGCGGGUGGCGCUGAAGGCGGUGAUGCUGACCAAGACGGUGAAGGAGAGCAGCUCGGUGCUGUCGGAGCUGCUGAGCCGCCCGCCGCCCUCCUGGCAGGCGGGGGCCUUCAGGGCGCUCAGCAGGCAGGCGGAGCUGUACGAGGCGGCGCCCCUGGCGGCGCGGCAGGGCGGCAGCAGCAGCAGCAGCGGAGGGGAUGUUGCACGGUUGGAGGCCCACGCAUAGGGGGUCCGCUGGUGCAGGCAUUGCCCACCAUUGGCGGACCGAUGCGCGGUUAGGGAUACCGGUACUGGCCGCAAGUCGUGACACCGUGUCGUUGUUAGUUUGUGAGCUUUACUACGCGACGAGUGCACUGAAUGUGCGCUGAGAGAGGACUCGGAUGCGUGGGGAGCAGCAGCAGUAGCGAAGGGACAUGUGGUGCGCCAGGGCUGACGCACCCCCGGGCGCGUGCACUGCUUGACGCUCCUGUUGUGACUACCGUAAGAAGGUGUCAGAUGGGGACAGUGGGCGAUAGCACUCACAAGCAUGUACCUGUGGCGCAGGAAUAGGGCGUCCGGCAAAUUUGCACGACUUGCGCCUGUUAGUACUUAUGACAGCUUGGGUGGUUGCGACCGACUUCAGACCGAGAGGAGCAGCCGCUGCGUGAGUUGGAAGAGCGUAACACGUCGGUAACAUUUAUACUUGCCGGCUUCGCAAGCUAUGUCUUGUUUGUUUGUUUGUUGCCUGGAGGCGUCUUAUACGACAAACGAUG